AUGACUUCUCGAGAAUCAUUCGGUAUUUCAAAGGUCUUGAUUGAUAAAUUUCUCCCAUUAAUGUCAGUCAAUCCUGCAGAAGCGAUGAGAUAUUUUGCUAUCGAUGCAAAAAUGAUUUUUUCCAACUCAAAAGAAAAUGAUUUUCCAACAAUCAAUGGAAAACACGCAAUAUACGAUUUUUUGCAAACAUUCCCAUUAUUUAAGACAGAAGUAGCAUCAUAUGAUACACAUACAAUCCCAGGAGAGCCAACAUAUACAGUUACUGUUAUUUCGGGUCUGAUUUAUUUUGGAGCAAAGACAUCACUUCGAAUGUUUAUGUCAUUCCAUGUAGAACAAAGAGAUAAUGAUCGCACAGCUCUAAUUCGAGCUAUGACAUUCAAGAUCUUUGAUGAUUAA